AGGGAGUGAAGGGCACACAGGUAAUGGGGAAAAAGUAAGAACCAAGAUGCAUCAUGUUCAGGUACAAGCACCUAAUGACAAAUGUUAAAGGACUUGUAUACCUAAAAUGGACCAAUCAAAGAACUUAAGAAUUAAAAAAGAAAAAAAAGCUAGAAGGUCAAAGAGGCAGGUCCUCCCCUGGAGCCUCCAGAAGAAGCCAGCCCUGUUAAACUCAGGGGAACUGUAACAUAAUAAAUGUGUGUUGCCUCAAGCCACUAAGUUUGUGGUAAUUUCUUUAAGGCAGCAAUGGAGAACUAAUGUCUGAAUUUUUCCUAUUUCAUGGAAUAGCAGAACUAUGUUAUCUCAGGCCAAGUCUGGCUCCAGGCAGCCAGCCUUUUCCUCGUGGCCUCCAGGACUAACAAGGGCAGAAUGCCACGCUCGGCCACUUCUUGCUGCUGUGGCCCCUUUAAGAACAAUAGGGGCGGGGCUUGUGGGUACUGUUGCCCUGGUGACAGGCCAGCGGUUCCUGACACUGGCUCAGUGUCACCUCUGUGCCCUCCAAGCCUGGAAGAGCCGCUGAGACCCAGUGGGUCAGUGCCCCAGGAGCCCCGCAGGGAAAAAGCCACCUGAGAACCGCGAAGAAAUAACUAGGAAGCACUGUGAGAAAGUUUGCUUUCUUUGUACUUUCGUCAAGGACUGAAAGCCUGUCCAGGUAGGAGGUGAGAGCAGCUUGGACCGAAUUACCCAGAUAAUACUCACCAAUGCUUGGAAACAAAUAGCUGUCAACCAAAAGAAUCAUUGGAUUUAUAUGUAUAAAGCAAACUAGGACUUCCAAAGACAAUGGUGAAAGAAAAGAAAAAAGACAAAAAAGGAGAAAAAUCAUCUCGCUCUCCCUCAUCUUUCUCUGAUUAUCCAGAGUUUUCCAAGCAAGAUGGUAACGUCCCUAGGCAAGAAAUAUCCCCAGUUGGCAUCCAGCCACUGGAAAUGCCACUAGAGUCCCCACAUAUUCAGGGGGAAGAAGACGCCACCCAGUACGAAGAGCCCGUUCUGACCACACUCAUAGUGGAAAGGUAUGAAGGGGAGAAAGUCUGUGGCCUCUACGAGGGAGAAGGCUUUGCAGUCUUCCAAGGUGGUUGUACCUAUCAUGGUCUGUUCUCAGAAGGUCUCAUGCAUGGACAAGGGACAUACAUUUGGGCCGACGGAUUGAAAUAUGAGGGGGACUUUGUGAAGAACAUCCCUAUGAACCGAGGCAUGUACACAUGGCUGGACGGCAGCAGGUACGAAGGCGAAGUGGUAAACGGCCUGAGGCACGGAUUUGGGGUCUUCAGGUGCAGCACUCAGCCUGUGUCCUACAUUGGCCACUGGUGCUACGGCAAGAGACACGGGAAGGGCUCCAUUUAUUAUAAUCAAGAGGGCACUUCCUGGUACAAAGGUGACUGGGUCCACAACAUCAGAAAGGGCUGGGGCACAAGGUGUUACAAAUCUGGAAACAUAUACGAAGGCCAGUGGGAAGACAACAUGCGCCACGGCAAGGGCAAGAUGAGGUGGCUGACGACCAAGGAGGAAUACGACGGCCACUGGAACAGGGGCAUCCAGGUGCUGGGGUUCAGGGGUGCGCGACCAGGCCUGGCUGGUUUGCUUUCUUUUCAGAAUGGUUUUGGAACACACAAAUGGUUUAUAAAGAGAACCCCCAACUCCCAGUAUCCUUUGAGGAAUGAAUACAUAGGAGAGUUCGUGAACAGAUGUCGCCACGGACACGGGAAGUUUUACUACGCCAGCGGAGCCACAUAUGAGGGUGAAUGGGCCUGUAAUAAGAAACACGGCAUGGGCCGGUUAACUUUCAAGAACGGGCAUGUGUAUGAAGGGCUGUUCUCCAAUGACCACAUAGCUCAGUUUAUGGACCCUGAUGAUGAAAUCCAGAGUUACCUGGACCUGCAUGCCAAAGGGGUCCGCACGAGCAAGCAGUGCCGAUCUCCUGUCAGUGCUGAAAAGAUCAAAGAGCUCAAGGGCACUGAGAGUCCCUCUGCCUUAGGCCUGAGCAUGGAGCUGGACCUCAGCCUGGUGGUGAACAUGUACCCUAAGAAAGAGCGAGCAGAAGAAAAGAAGCAGGUAGAAUAUGCUCUCUUAAGAAGCAUUACAGAACUAAGAAGAAUUUAUAGCUUCUACAGCAGCCUUGGAUGUGACCACUCUCUGGACAAUACCUUCCUUAUGACAAAGCUUCAGUUCUGGAGAUUUCUGAAAGACUGCAAAUUUCAUCACCACAAUAUAACUCUUGCUGAUAUGGACAGGAUGUUAAGUGCCAGUAAUGACAUACCAGUUGAAGAAAUUCAUUCUCCAUUUAGAACAAUUCUUCUGAGAACAUUCCUGAGUUAUCUCCUGCAGUUGGCUUACCACAUUCAUCAUGAAGAAUAUCAAAAUCGAAGCCCAUCACUCUUUCUGUGUUUUACAAAACUGAUGACUGAAAACAUUCGUCCAAACGCCUUCCAGGUAAAAGGCAAUUUAUUCAGUGACGGGGAGGAGACGCUCUAUAUGAUGAAUUAUAUUGAUAAGUGCUGGGAGAUUUACACAGCUUACUGCAGACCGAGCCCAGCUCCUCCUGGUGAGCUUACAAUGAAGACGAGACACUUCCUGUGGAUGCUGAAAGACUUUAAAAUGAUAAAUAAAGAAUUAACUGCAACCAAAUUUGUGGCAGUAAUAGCAGAGGAUAAUCCUUUCAUACAUGAUGGAAUUGACAGCAACUUUGAACUUGAGCUGGUUUUUCUGGAAUUCUUUGAAGCUCUCGUAUCCUUCUCACUCACCUUUGUUCCUGACCAACAAAGAAAAUUCUCUUUAAAUGUCCCAUAUGAUGACUUGUCUGGAAACAGAUAUGGAAGCAUUCAUACACUGGGCGUCCACAGCAGGAGUCCAAAUGCAGUCAGAAGCCAGGAGUCAGACAUCAUUCACUUCAGCCGCACCAAGUCUUCUUCGAGCAAGUUAGGAAUCUCGUCUGAUUGCAAAACACAGAAAUCUGAGCCCCAGAUCAAGAAGUCUCUCUGUGAUGACAGAAGUUCCAAAAUGAACUUUAAGCCUGCAGGGAAAGGCCUGGCUUUUUUAUCUGAAAAUGAGCAGCGUGAACAGUCCGAGGAGGACCAGAGGGAAGAGCUCCCCACGCGGCAGAGUCCCGUGCACGCCUUCUUUGUGAACACCCUCUUCCACGCCCACGGACGCCGGCAGAUGCUCCAGCAGAAGGUGAAGGAGCAGCGCUUGAAGGAGGUGGCGCUGGCUCAGCAGAGGAAGGCAGAGAAUGAAGAACUGGACGCAAGGCUGAGUAUCUUAAGGGAGGAAGAGACCAAGAGACAAGAUGUCGAAAUCGACAUCACGGUCAUCAAGGAGCCCAUGGGCUUCCCGUCCUCCUUACCACCCCUCACAGCAAGCCCCCCCAAAGAGGACGCAGCGGUGUCGCAGGCCACCAAGUCCACCCCAAGCAAGAAGAAGAAGUAAAGGUGCUUGAUGUUGCAGGCUGGCCACAAGGAUCGGCAAACAGAGAAGCUCAGACCCAUGAGCGCCAUGACACUGGACUCAUGAGAAAACUGAAUUUUACCUCUGCUCUCAUGGUCCGAAACACUCCUGCCUUGGUCUGCUGCAUCCAGGUGUCUCACACAGCCGACUGCCGCCGAGGCCUGCAUUUUGAAAAAUCGGGCAAACACACACACACACGCACACACACACACACACGCACACUAAUGAAUGUGGAUUAAAUAUGUUUAUAAAGUCAAAGUCCAGUAGUGAUGAAGUUUAAAAUUUGAUAGAACAGAGCAGAGGCAGUGGGGCUAGGAGAAAGGUUUUGGAGUAUCUCUUCAGCUGCCUCUGUCUUCUGUGUCCUGUUUAGGCCCUGUGUCCCUCACACGCCACCGCACGCGGCCUCCCCUGGUCCUUUUCCACAGAUACCCACUGCACUCUUUGUCCCAUUUGAAAAACAGAACACAGCAGCAAGAAGAAAAGGAGCAGGUGGUCAGUGGGUGGCUCAAAGAACGCUUUUAGUCUCUGCCAGAAAAUUUUAUAGUUAAAAUUUAAAGUUCAAGGGUAACCACCAAAAAAACCCCAACAUAAUAAUCAAAAACUUCCACACUAGCAGUAGAAAUAUAUUUUAAAACAGACCAAGCCCAGUGUGAGUUGAAACUCAAAAUCACAGCCUUUGACUGGUGUGGUAGUGCACACCUGCAAUCCCAGCACCUUGGGAGGCUGAGGGAGGAGGAUUGCAAGUUCAAGCCCAGCCUGGGCAACUCAGCAACUUAGCAAAACCCUGUCUUAAAAAAUUAAAAAAGCGCUGGGGAUGUAGCUCCAUGUGAAGCCUCUGGGUUCAAUCCCCAGUACCACAAAACCAACCAACUAAACUCUGUAAUCAUAAGGAAUAGAGGAAAUCAUAAUGGAAACUCAGGAUCAUCUAGGAGCAAUGAAAAUUCUACAAACUGAUGAAGUUGUUCCUCUUCCCUGACAUAAGGCCCACAGAGAUUAGAUGAAAGGGUCUGGAGAGUCACUUUUUCACCCACACCAAAAAUUAAGUAAAAUGCAACCAGAAUUUAUCUCCCCAGUGAGGAGACAUUCGGCACUGUGGCUCCUCAGGAGUCCCUGGAACAAUGAGGAAACUUGUUUCGACAUUGGGUAAUCUGAGUUCUCUGUCAUAGAUGUGGUCUGUAAGUCCCACGUAGCAUUGAAGACAAAGUCUAGCAAUUAUUGGAGCAAGUGCCUGGCUCUUGUGGUCUCAGGGGUGAGGAAGGGACCCCAGCUCUAGCAGAAUGCUGACUGAGGUUUUAAAAUCCCCAGGGCACGAGCCAGGGAGCCAGCGGCCAGUGUAACUACAAACCAGUAACACAAGAGACUCAGUGCAAAAAUCAAAAUUUUAAAAACUUUUUAAGAAUU